AUGGCAUUAAUUGUCUCCUCCACAGACUCUUCCGAUCUCUUGGGGCUUCAGGGGGGCCAUCGUGUCGAAGAUCUGACGCUCCACGUUGCCACUAAAUCCCUUAUAGCCCAGGCACAAGCACUACACGCAUCCACAACCCGCCUCAUUCAAGCUGGCGUGUUGUUAUCAGUUUACGAGUAUGCCCAUGGUCAUCCGGAGCAGGCUUUCGGGACGAUCGGAAGCUAUACGAGGAUGGCGUAUGCAGCCCAGCUACGAUCCAUUCCUGCUCUAACCAGAAAUGCUUCGCCGCAGACUGAUUGGACCAUAGAAGAAGAGGAAAUUAAUACCUGGUGGGGAAUCCGGAUAUUUGAGCGGUACUUAGCCAUUGUGGGUCAGCCAUUGGGCUCCGUGAUACCCGCCCAGGAUGAUUGUCUACCACUCGAACCCUCCAUUUUAGACCAGAUGAAUCAUGCGGUGGUGCUCGCAUCUCGCGUCGCGAUCCAUGCGCUGAACUCUCCCGGGGUUGGCGGCUUCAGGCGCAGCGCUCAGGCAGCAUGGCUCCUUGAUGGGGUGCUGCAGGAUCCAUCCAUGGCGGACCCGGACCAGAAACAGGCACAUAUAACUGAAUGUGAUCGAAAACUACAGUCCUUUCUAGCUGUUGUGAUGCAACAGCAUAGGGGCAACUAUAGAAUAUUCUGUGUUCCAAUCGCUCUAACGAGCCGGUCUGUUCCUCCCCAUGAUUCUGAUUUUAUCUCUCAAAGUAAUCGAUUUAAUCUGAUGGGAACGCGUAGUGCAUUGUUUUUUCUUCAUUGA